UUAUUAUUUUUUAACAUUAAACAAACCUCAAACUUUUAUUCCCAUGUUGAAGUCGACGACUCCGAUCUAGCGCCGUUCUCCUCCUCUCCUCGAUCUUCCCCUCAAACCCUAGAAACUCGAUGUCAUCCGCAGACGAAACGUCAGGCGGCGGAUCGAACCCAUCAUUGGCGGACAAGAAGAAGGAGAAAUCUAGGGUUAGCAGGACCUCGCUGAUCCUCUGGCACACUCACCAAAACGACGCCUCGGCGGUGAGGAAACUGCUGGAGGAGGAUAAGGAGCUCGUGAGGGCGAGGGAUUACGAUAGCAGGACGCCGCUUCACGUGGCGUCGCUUCACGGUUGGAUCGAGGUUGCGAAGUGCUUGCUUGAGUAUCGGGCCGAUGUCAAUGCGCAGGAUCGGUGGAAGAAUACGCCACUAGCUGAUGCAGAAGGGGCUAAAAAGCAUGGCAUGAUCGAGUUGUUAAAAUCAUAUGGUGGAUUGUCCUAUGGUCAAAAUGGCAGCCAUUUCGAACCAAAGCCAGUUUCGCCUCCUCUUCCUAAUAAAUGUGAUUGGGAGAUUGAGCCAUCCGAGUUGGAUUUCUCAACCGCGGUUAUUGUUGGGAAGGGUUCAUUUGGUGAGAUUGUAAGGGCCUCUUGGCGUGGAACGCCUGUAGCAGUAAAACGCAUUCUUCCAUCAUUAUCAGAUGAUAAAUUAGUGAUCCAGGACUUCAGGCACGAGGUCAAUUUGCUAGUGAAGUUGAGGCAUCCAAAUAUUGUUCAAUUCCUUGGAGCAGUAACAGAUAGGAAACCUUUAAUGCUAAUUACAGAAUUCCUGCGUGGAGGCGACCUUCAUCAGUUCCUAAAGGAGAAGGGUUCACUGAGUCCUUCAACAGCUGUCAAUUUUGCACUAGACAUUGCUAGGGGAAUGGCAUAUCUUCAUAACGAGCCGAAUGUUAUAAUUCAUCGUGAUCUAAAGCCAAGGAACGUCCUUUUGGUGAACUCGAAUGCUGAUCAUUUGAAGGUUGGAGAUUUUGGGUUAAGCAAGCUUAUUAAAGUCCAAAACUCCCAUGAUGUAUAUAAAAUGACUGGAGAGACUGGAAGUUACCGAUACAUGGCACCAGAAGUAUUCAGACACAGGAAAUAUGACAAGAAAGUUGAUGUCUUCUCAUUUGCCAUGAUAUUGUAUGAGAUGCUUGAAGGAGACCCUCCAUUAGCAAACUAUGAACCUUAUGAAGCUGCUAAGUAUGUUUCAGAGGGGCACCGGCCAACAUUUCGUGCAAAAGGAUUUAUUACUGAAUUGAGGGAGUUGACGGAUCAGUGUUGGUCUCAAGAUAUGCACCAGAGGCCUUCUUUUAUUGAGAUUCUCAGGAGGCUAGAGAAAAUCAAGGAAAACCUGUCACCAGAUCAUCACUGGCACCUAUUUCCUCAGUAGUAGCCAGUUUCAUUGCUCAAUGCCUCUCCUGCAUGAACUCCACAACACUUGUAUAAUUGGAUAUAACCGCUUGCUUCUUAAUCAUGAAGUGAUUAGAAAGCUGAAAGUUGCAGAUAUUAUCGCUCUCUUGUUUGUUGUUGGAGAUGAUAGACCAUAUAGCACGAAAGCAACUCCUCAUAUGUGCGCGUGCAAUAUUUGUUGUAUAGUUAUCUGUUGAUUAGGACACUUUUUUAAAACCUCUUUCUGCAGUUUAUAGUCUGGAGCAUCAUAUUUAACUAUGUUUUGUAAUGAUUUGACUUAUAGGUAAGUUUGAUUUAUGUAGGAAA